AAUAAUUAUAAAUGUUCUCUAAGCAAAGCGUGAGGAUCAACAAAGCUCUGAUGCAGUCAACAAUGCCAGUCAGGAACUUCAGAAGGAAUGCUGCCCCAGGAUUUUAUAAUCUGAGAUUCAGGCCUUCCCAGGGUGUUGAUAAUAACUACAUUCCAUUCACAGGGAAAUGGUAUGCACCAGGAGGGGUUGACAAGACCAAGACUGAUAGGAAUCCUAAUAACUUUAAGUACACCAAUAACUUGUUCAGUCAGGAUGCUGAUGAAUGGAGAAACAGAGCAUCCGACUACGUUUACCAGAUUUAUAGAAGAUUACAUAGAUCUAAUGAUGGCUGGACCAGAACGUUGGUAGCCUACACUUCCUUCUGCUUCAUGAUGGCCCACCAAGCUUUGUUCUGGAAGGUCCAUUUGUUCUGCUUUGGGAUAUUCACUGCCACCAGAAUUAGGGACAGAGCUGCAGAACCUACUGUUGAUGAAGUCAAUGUGCUAGAUACUAUUUUCAGUGAUGAGAAGUUGAAGGAAUUGUUCACUCCUGAAACGUACCAUGUAGUUGAUUAUAACCAGGAGUGGGACAAGGGACGUGACAACCCAUACUUCCCAGAGUACAAGACUACCAUUGCGAAGUUCUUCAACACAGACUCUAACACCACGACUGGAUUCUACAAGUUCGGAGAUGUAGAAUCGGGAGCUAUGAUGACAUUGCAUUUCAAGACGAUGCCAUUCGCCAAUAACAAAUACAAUUUUUCAGAGCCAUUUAUGAUUUAUGACAUGUGGGCUGAGGUCACUCAUGAAGGCGAGUUCUUCGAGCACAGGAUCGUCAAGGCAGAAGAAGUACUUAGAACCAAGAAGAUCUUCGUCAGUUGGCAUUAAG